AACAUGACAGCAAGUGCUCAGUCAUAGGAGCUCUUGGACGAGCUGACACACACUGCAGUGCUAAUAGAGCAGUGCUACUGGAAUAUUCCAGGGCAGCGUAUAAAAGCCUCAGGUCUUGUUCACUGGGACAGAAGCACAGGAGAACUCGACCAGCUCAACACAGCACCGAAAAUCCACCAAAGAUGCUUUGCCCAAGCACAUUUCAGCCUCACCUCAGCCCAUUCAUGGACUUCCACUGGCCAGUGCGCAGUCUGUGGCCAGAGACCAGACCCCUGUUCUUUCAGAUCGAGAAAGAAAUGAUGAGACACAUGCAGGAGAUGAGGCAAAACCUGGAGUUCAUGGAACGCCUGCACCAAAGGAUUUUCGACGAGAUUGACCAUGUUCCACCCAUGACGACUUUCAAACCCAUCUCAUUCCAGCUCAGAAAGGAAGGAAGCCAAUAUGCACUGACACUAGAUACAAAGGAUUUCACUCCGGAGGACCUGUCCGUCAAACAAGUGGGCAGGAAGUUGCGUGUGAGCGGCAAAACAGAGAAGAAGCAAGACGACGGGAAAGGAUCCUUCUCGUACAGAUGCCAAGAAUUCAGGCAGGAGUUUGACCUUCCUGAAGGCGUGAAUCCUGAGAUGGUGACCUGCUCUUUAAAUAAUGGCCAGCUACAGAUACAAGCACCCAAAGAAGCCAAUUCUGUGAGCAACGAGAGAGUGAUUCCCAUUACAUGCACUCCUGCUGUGAAAAGUCCUGUUCCUCAGAGCCCUCAACCUGAGAACCAAGCAGCUGAGGCAGACGCUACAGAUGUCUGAGCUUUGCCUCUAUGAAUACAAUAUAACCCACAACGGAACAAAUGACUCUAUGGAACAUAAAUGUAAAAGAAUCAAAUUUGUCAGAGAUCAUUAUUGGUCCUACAUUUUGUGGAAUUGUAUUAACAUUUUGUUAAUUGUAUUGUGAUUCAGAAGAGAAGCUGGCUGUUUCAUUUCAAUAUUUGUUUUUAUUAAACUGUUUAAUUUUA